AUGGAAAAGGAAAGCAGACUUUAUGUUUGGAAGGUAAAAUAAAAGCAGCUCUUUUUACUUCCAGAAGAACCUGAAGAGUUUUCAAUUACUUGUUCAUUUGACCAGAUAAACCAGCGAGUUAUUCGUUCAGAUUCAGAGAGAACAAGGAUAAAAUUGAUGACUAAAAAGGAAAAAUUUUUAAUAGAGCUCCUAUUAACUUUUUACUGCAAAAGAGAGCAUAUAACUUAUAAGCAAGGUCUAAACGAAGUCUUGGCCCCAUUCUUAUUGUUUUUUAGGGAUGGGUUGAGUUUAUGCAAAGUUUUUUUGUAUUUCAGUAAUUUCAUCAAAAACUACUUGCCAUUGAUGUUUGUAGAUAAAGAAUUCAAGGCUUUGGAAACUCAAUUUAUCUUAUAUAGGCUACUGUUAAGAUAUUACGACCCUGAGCUCAGCUCUUUUCUUAAUUAUUACAAGAUAGGGCCAGAACUAUAUGCAACUCCUUGAUUCUUAACUCUCCUCGCAAGCAAAAUCAGUGAUAUUGAGGUCCAAUAAUUAAAAUAUGGCGUCUUCGUCUGGGCAUGGCCUCCCAGCCAUGCAGCCUCGACUCAUAUUUUAAUUAUAUCCGGCAAGGUUUUACCAUUUUAGAGAUGGACAGCAAUGCUAGGUAAGCAAUUCUGGUUGUGUGCAGAGCCUAGCCCUAGUCUAAUCUCAGGGUGGAUUUUUCCUCGUGGAAAGGAAGGCACGGAAGUUGGAAAGGGGAAGCUCAGCAGAGUCCUUUGGACCAAUCGGGCAACUCCCUAGCGUGAAACUGGGCGUUAUGUCCCAGGCUACGUGUUUUUUCCUUUUGCCGACAGCUGACCAGAAAAUCCAUUUUUUUGGGGUUUCGGAAAAGCAACCCAUGCUCACAAGCAAGUAGCCUAUUCCUAAACCGUCGAAACCGGCAACACUUGCCCUAGGAGCACCCUGGUGAGAGCAAAGCAGGUCAGCUCAGCGACUUGUGGGCCCGAUGCGAUGAAAGGCGAGCGGAAGACCUGGGUAGAGUCUACCCCGUAGUGGACGUUAAGCGUUAUAAAUUCUAAGUAAGUAAUAUGUUGAGGUCCAAUAUUCUUUAUGGGAAAGCUAUAUGACAGAAAAUGAUAAACUUUACAUACUCUUUAUUGCGAUCGCCAUUAUUGUAAAACACCGAAAUCUUAUCCUUCAAACAGAUUUGUCUGACUUAGCUCAAAUCUUGUCAGAGAUUACUAUCCAUACACAAGCUGAGUUAUCUGAAAUUUUGGCAAGAGCAAAUGAGCUUAAGCGAAAUCUGCCUUACUCCUUGUAUAUAAGUUUAUAUAGAUCUGACUACAAUAACCCUAAAGACAUUGAAAAUCAAUUAUUCUCUCUACAACUGAAUAGUGUUAGUUUAUUAUUAUCGUUAAUCUAUUAUUCUGAAUGUAUAUUUUAUAUAAAUAUUAGACAUAUUUAUAUUAAGAAAGCAUAAUUAAGAUUGAAAAACAAUUUUGCUUGACUAUUCUCCCUCGAGAAAUAAUUCAAAGAUGCUAUCCAUUAUCGUCACUUUGUGCCUGCUCUGGAGGCACCUGCAAGUGGUGCCAAAAUUCUCGAAAUCAAGUCCCUCUUAUUAUUCUGGACUGCAGAACAGAGGUAGAAAGAGAAAAUGGGCUUCUGCCAAAUACCCUAAUUUUGGACCCUAAAGCUUAUAAUGAUGUAAAAACAUUAUUAGCUGUCCCUGAUCAGUAUGAGGAUUUAAAGCAAGUUUUUCACAUUACACUAUUAGGAAGUAAAGAAUUUAAGCAUACUGAUUUUGAUCUAAGAGGCGAUGACUCAAGUGAUAUUGAUGUCGUUCAAAAUAUGAUAGAAAAUCUGUAUCUGGCGUUUUUAAAGAAAUCUUUUCCAUUUGUAAGUGUAGUCGAAGGAGGAUUUUUAGGAUGCCAUCAAUUGAUUUCUAACUCCCUCAGUGAACGAGCAAAAAAAUUUGCUUGGGGGUUUCAUUAUAAACAAUAUUAUAAAUUAUAUAUUAAAACAUUUUUUAUAUAUUAAAAAAAAAUUUUUAGUUACAUAGAGGUUUUAUUUUCACAAAAAAUAGAACUGUUUUGAAUAGUUUUACCUGUUCAUGGAUGGGGAAUAAGCUUAAUCUUGAGCUUGAUCGGCACAAUCCAGAUUAUUGUUUAGGGUGCAAUCCUGAUGGUCCAAAAGUAUCUAAAGUCCUCAAACGAAGAAUAAAUAGUCUCAGGAGAAGUUUUAUAGGAAAAGUAAAAACAGCCCUUUCAGCUGCUGGAAGCGCAUUUAGGUCAUUAGCUCCAAAAACAUUUGACAGCACAACAAUCUCAGAGUCAACUAAAGAAGAGCCUACAAAACAAAAUAUUUUGCCGUCAAACUUCAUAUACAAAAGAGAAUUAGAUGAAUGAAAACAAGAUCCAAGAGUCUCUUUUUUUAUGUGCAGAAAAUUCGAUCGAUCUACUAAUAAAAUGCAUUUGGAGGAGUGUGUAAUGAUUGUCACUAGAACGCGAGUGAUCAUAUCUACUCUAUUUGAUGACUCUUCACAAAAUUCAUCAGAUACACCUGUCAGUGAUUUAGUGGAGCAAGCAAAAAUUCGAGACCUUGUUAAAAUCACAUCAAAAAGAAAUUCUUCAAGUACUUUGACGUUUUAUUUUAAGAACUCAGAAGAAUUUUGUUUUAGUUAUACCUUCAAAGACACAACUGAUGCAAAGGCAUGCUUAGCGCAGGUAAGCUCGUAUUUCAAUUUGCUAAGGUCACAAAGCCUUACUAGUUCGCUUUAG